AUGAAGACAAGUAAGAAAGUAUCCAAGAGAAGAAACCUGAAAAGCCUUCAUGGUGCCUUAAAAGGGCUAUUGAAAGAAUCCAGUAAGAAAAGUGAGGCCAAAAUACGAAAGCAAUGUGGUUACGGACCUGUUUCCGAAUUGCAUACCCCAGCUCCUGAAAAACAUAAAGGGUCGAGGAAGAGCAAUGAAAUCGUGCGACCAGUUGCCGAGAGAAACGGCCACGUAUACAUAAUGUCCAAGGAAAAUCAGGUCAUCCCCAAGUUAACCGACGAUGAAGUCAUGGAGCGCCACAAGCGGGCGGACGAAAACAUGAAGGAAGUGUGGUCUAACAUAAUAAGCAAAUACGAGUCCAUUGAAGACCAAGGCGACCUCGUAGACCUGAAAACAGGCGAGAUCAUUGAAGACAACGGACAUAUCAAGAAACUGACGGUCAACAGCACCACCAAAGACAAAAGAACAAGAUACACAAGUGUACUUAGGGACAUUAUCGACAUUAGCGACGAGGAAGAUGAAGGUAGAGAGGAUGAUUAUACCAUAUGGGCUGAUGACCGCAAGGAAAGCGAUUCAGAUGCGGAUGCUGAAGAUGGCAACGAAGAUGAAGAAGACGAGAAAGGAAUAGACGCAGAUUUCAAGCAGUACGAAGCCAAACUCUCAAAAAGAAUACUACGAGACUAA